GGACCCCGUUCGGCCUUUUCUCCACUUAAAAUAAGUUGAUCUCAUCCCCGCUAGCUGUCGUUUUCUCUAUUUUUUUUUUACUUGUUAUUCAACCUUUCUUUCACCCGUUCUUCUUCUUCUCGUCCUUUUUUUUAUUCAAGGAAAAGCAACUCGAGGACAGCAAUGAAAUUCUCUCAUACAUUGCGAUUCAAUGCUGUGCCUGAUUGGAUUGACUACUAUGUCGCUUACGAUCAGUUGAAAAAGUUGAUUUUCCAAAUUGAAAAGGAACGAGUUGAAGCUGCUGCCGCCUACCAUCGAUCAGAGUCGUCUUCAUCAUCAACAGCUUCCAAUGGCUCAAAUAACGAUCUCGAAUCAGCACAGCCUUCUCCACCAGAGACACUCCAAGGCAGCGAAGACACUUUCCUCGGUGCAAUGGACUUGCAACUUGACAAGGUUGUCGACUUCUACUCCACCAAAGAAAAGGAGCUCUACGACCAACUUGAGCAGCUACCACAUAUUUUGGCAACAACUACUUCCCAUGGCGGCCUGUAUCUCCACGAGCAGCAGAGCGAGUUCGAACGGUCACCGUUGGAAAAGAUUGACUCGACACCUCAUCUCGAGAAGCCACCACAGCGCAAAAUGUCUUUUGAAUCGCGCUUCUCUAGCAAGAGCGAAGGUGCCGGUGGCAUCAAUGUGCAAGCCAUGCUGGAUACACGAUCAUUGAUGAUCACUCUCUAUGUCUCCCUUUCCGAAUUGGAAUCCUAUGUCGACCUCAACAGAAGCGCCUUUGACAAGAUUCUGAAGAAGCAUGACAAGGUUCUCGAUGGCAACUUGCGCGAGCCUUACAACAAGAAGAUGGUCCAAGAAUCGCAACCCUUUACGCCAGAGUCAACAGAAGAGCUGCGAUCCCAUAUUGAACGACUCGAGCGUAUGUAUGCAGAUACUUUUUGUGGUGGCAUCGUCGAGAUUGCUGUGCGCCAGAUGAAGACCCAUUUGCGGGACCAGAUCACGUAUGAUCGAAAUACCGUUUGGCGCGAUAUGAUCGGCCAAGAACGAAAGACGCUCGAUGCCCACGUUGUCGAACAAAAGCCUGCCAAGACUGUUCGAGUUCCGUUUACCAAAUAUUCGAUUCCCAAAGAACUGCUCCACCAGAUCGUUUGUCUUGGUAUAUCCAUUGUUGCGCUGAUAAUCUUGCUUAAUGUGGACAUUUUCAACUCGCGUGAAGAAGAUUACUGCUUUGCCCUCCUCAUCUUUUCCGCUAUUAUGUGGGCUACUGAAGCCGUCCCCUUGUACGCCACCUCGUUGCUGAUUCCAUUCAUGGCUGUACCAAUGAAGAUUCUUCGAAACGACGAUGGCUCCACCAUGGAAGCCAAGGACGCUGCAAGCGAAAUUUUUGCUAGCAUGUUCAGCGGUACCAUCAUGAUGCUUCUCGGUGGUUUUGCCCUCGCUGGUGCUCUCUCCAAAUACGGUAUUGCCAAGGCUUUUGCAUCCCACGUAUUGUCGCGCGCUGGCACACGACCACGAUGGGUGCUUUUAGCCAACAUGUUUGUCGCUGGCUUUUUGAGUAUGUGGAUUUCCAAUGUGGCCACGCCUGUCUUGUGUUUCUCGUUGGCCGAUCCCAUCCUUCGCACGUUGCCCGACGGUUCUCGGGUGGCACCGUGUCUGCUAUUGGGUAUUGCUCUUGCUUCAUGUAUCGGUGGUAUGACAUCGCCCAUCUCGUCUCCUCAAAACAUUGUCACUCUUCAAUACAUGAAUCCCAACCCCGGCUGGGGUAUCUGGUUUGGUGCAGCUCUGCCUAUUGCGAUCAUUUCCUUGUUCGUCUGCUGGGGUAUUUUGCUGCUCGUCUACCGUCCGGACAAGUGCACACCCCACCUCAACAAGAUCAAACCAACCAAAGGCAAGAUCACCUGGUCCCAAGUCUAUAUCAUGGCCAUUACGCUUGCCACCAUUGCUUUGUGGUGUGCUGAAACGGCGAUCGAAGAUUCCAUCGGCAGCACUGGUGUUAUUGCUGCCAUCCCCUUGUUCAUGUUCUUCGGUACUGGUAUCCUCAAAAAGGACGACUUGCACCAGUUCCUGUGGAGUGUUGUGGUUUUGGCUCAAGGUGGUAUGGCUCUUGGUCACGCUGUUACCUCGUCUGGUUUACUCGAAGACAUUGCCCUGCGUAUCAAGGAGGGUAUCCAAGAUCUUGAGGCCAUUGCAAUUCUUUGCAUUUUCGCAUGCCUGAUUUUGGUCUUUUCCACCUUUGUUUCUCACACCGUCGCUGCCUUGAUCAUUGUUCCUAUCGUCCAGCAAGUUGGUGAAAACUUGCCCGUACCUCGCGCCAACUUGUUGGUCAUGGGUGCAGGCUUAGCUUGCUCGGCCGGUAUGGCCCUUCCCGUCUCUGGCUAUCCCAACAUGUCGGCAGUCAUGCUUGAAAAUGCUGCUGGUAAACCAUAUCUUUCGUCCAAGGAUUUCUUGAUUGUUGGUAUACCUACCAGUGUGUUUGCCACAGUCCUCAUUUUCACCUUAGGUUAUGGUAUCCUCUCUGGUGUAGGAUAUUAAUAGCCUCCUUUUCAUUUUUUUAUUCUUUACUAACGUGUUUUUAUAAUUGUAUUUUACACGCACCCUUUCUCUACUUGUCUAUAUAAUGAUUGUAUACCUUGAUAAUCAAGGUGCUUUUGUUGUAUCAUACCCCUUCUCGCUUUUUUCUCCUUACAUUUUCAUCCGCAACAUAUUAUCAUCAUAUUAUUCAUCAACUUUGCUUCUUUGUACAGCGUGUACACUGGACGUUCUAUACAUAAAUUAAACAAUAAAUAGCCACCAUCUCCAGGGGUGGGAACGGCGCAGAAUUACUGUA